AUGCGGACAGCGGCAAGUGUGAAACAGGGAUUCGAACCCCCGGCCCUCUCGGGCAUUGGCAGCCGGGAUGUGAAGGAAGCUCUGCCAACGCUCGGCCGCUAUCGCGAUAUCUCCCUUCCCGGAGACCGCCCGUCCCAGACCCCCACGCCGGCGGCCAACACCGCGCGCGCGGCCACAUUCGAAAAGACUCACCUGCGGGCCAAACCUCCCGGCCUCCACGUGAGAGCGUGCUCCACCGUGACCCGGAAGUCAACCUCGAGCCGCCAGCCCGCCCGCAAGAAAUCCGGCUCCUUCCGGGUCGCAGAGUAUGAAGCGGAGCUGCCUUCCUUUCUAGAAUGUAAAGUCAAACCAGAAGCCGCAGUUCCUGUUUCCCCACUGGAGGAAUUGGUGUUUCCCAGCAUCAGGGCAGAGCAUUUAGUGCCAUCAGCCCAAACCCCUGUGGACUCACAUGUACCCUGUCCUAAGAAGAUAUUGGUGACACUCGAUCCAAAAACAUGCUCCCCUAGAGAAUAUUUGGAAAAUUUCAUCUUUCCAGUUCUGCUUUCUGGAAUGGUCAGCCUGCUUCACCAAGCAAAGAUAGAAAAGUGCUUUGAGAGGAAAAGGACCAAAUUCAUUGCUUGUGAUUACCUGACUGAGUGGUUGUACAACCACAAUCCAAAGAGGACAGGAGAAACCUUCACAGAAUUCUUCUCCAUCCCAUUUGUGGAGGAGUGGCUAAAGAAUCACCCUCGGCCACCAAUCCCGCUGUCCUUGCUGCUGACAGAAGAGGAAGCAGCGAUCUCCAUCCAGGCAUUCUGGAGGGCUUACCUGGUACGUUGCGAUCCUGAGAUUCAAGAGCUUCGUCAAUGGCAGAAGAAACUCCGUGAAGACAAGCACAUUCGCCAGCGGGUGCAAAUGUUCUGGGCCAAACAAGAGCAGAAAGUGAAAUGCAAAAUGGAGGACGAGGAGAACUACUUGCUCAGUGCAGCCCAGAAAGGAUCUGUGGCAGACAAGCUUUAGUGUAAGCAGUGGGGAGGAGGCCUCGCCUGCUGCAUCAUCCGGAAGUGUUUCUCUACAUCCUGAUACUUCCUUACUGCUUCCGGAGCAUCCCCUGCCAGCCUCUGUUCAAAACACCAUGGAAUCUCAUCCACACUGGAGAUGAGGUGCUGUGUCACUGUUUUUCCCGCUUUCAAAACGAUCUGUACUUUGAAGUGUCAGAUCUCUCUUUUGUUCAUUUCUUGUGGUAUUGGGCAGCUGCCCGACCGGACCACCAAGAUACAUUCCCAGCUCAACAUGAGGCUUACUUAAAGCCAGACAAGGAUCACGAAGAAUUUCCCUUGUCUAGGCCCCAAAGUAUUAAAGUCUUGCUUUUAUUACGGAUAAAUUAACUUACUGCAUUCAUUCCUUCUGCAGUUUCCUCUGAGAACCAAGAUUCUCCCAUUCAGAAAAAAAAAAAAAA